CGCCUAGCGUUUCGCUCACAUACAUAAAAUCAUAAACAAUGUUUGUAACAGUGUUAGUGUUGAACUGUCAGAGUGGCAGUAAAUAACAGUAAUAAAUAAUAAUCAGUAUUUACCUGGUAUUGAUGACUGGACUGUGACUGGACGUGGAUACAUCAUUUUUUAAAAACAAUGUUAUUCACAUCAAAUGAAGAUAAACUACUUGUUGACUCAGUUCGUGAUCAGCCUGCUUUAUACCAGUUAACUCAUAAAAAAUAUAAAAAUUCAGUUUACAAAGAUCAAUUAUGGACCGAUAUUGCUACAUCUCUUGAUAAAUCCAUAGAUAUGGUGAAAGCCAGAUGGAAAAAUAUACGUGAUACUUACAAUAAAAGAAGAAAAAGACUUGGUACAGGUUCACGAAGAGCUCAAAAACAUCCAUGGCUAUUAGAAGCUCAUUUAAAAUUUUUAGAGACAAUUGAAAAUCCAAAAAAAAAGUCAUCUACUGAUGUUACUCCUGUCCCAGAUGAUUUAGUGAAUUUUAGAAAAAAAAAGUGUGUAGAUGUAGAUGUAGAUGUAAAUGAUGAUGAUAAUGAUGAUGACGAUGGUGAUAAUGAUGAUGAUGAUGAUGAUGAUGAUAAUAAUGAUAUUGACAAUCAUAAAAAAUAUUUGGGUAACAAAGAAAAUGGCAAUGACUUAUUAAAAAUGUCAAAGCUGAUAAAACCAUGUCCUAAAAAAAUAAAACGAUACGAAAAUCAUUUGUCUUCAUCGUCUGUUAAUUCUUCAUCAACACGUAUAAGCAAAUCUGAUGAUAUUUUACCAAAUGACAAUGUAAAAUUGUAUAAAUCUUUGCAUCAGCUGUAUAAUCGACCAGUAGAAGAUCCAAUUGAUCUUUUUUUCAAGUCAGUAGCUGCACAAGUAAAAGAACUUCCUCCUCAUAUUGUGCCUGAUGUGAGAAUGAAAAUUACAAAUAUAAUUUGUGAAUACGAGAAAUCUUACAAAUUCUCUUAUGGACAGGUGAUGAUUAAUCAACAACAACAACCAGAACAAAAUUUAAAUUCUUCCUGCUAUCAGAUUCCAACAAUCACACACCCAUUGAUCGCUACUUCAUCCUCUUCAACAGAUUGUUCUGCUGAUGGAACUCAAUUGAUAACAUGAGUAUCACUCAGUAUAUCUCUGUAUCAAUGUGGAAAAUUCAAAUGUAUUUUAAUUCCCAUAGGUGGAUAGCUAGGAAAUAAUAUAAAUAGUUAAUAUCAUAAUUAAAUAAGAAUAAAAAAAAAAAAUGUUAAUAUUAAAUGCAUUUAUUUAUACAUUUACAUUAAAGUGACAAAUUAUGUACAAAUUAACUUUGAUGAUUUUUAAUAACAACUGUAAAACAAUUGUAAAAAUGAAUCUAUUUUUGGUUUUUUAAAUAAUAAAUAAAUAAAAAAUUCAAAAAACAAAUCUAAUACUUGAAAUUUAACUU